GGAUGCUUAUGGGAUACCAAGGCAAAACAAGUACCUUAAAAGUCCUAGAAACAGGGGAUGAUGGUCUGGAUGGGUUGAACUACUCCUUUAGCGAUGGAGCGGUACAGUAUGCCUUCGCCAAGGUUACGGACACCAAGACAAACCUGCCGAAGUUCGUGUUCAUCUCAUACGCCGGCGAGGGCGCUCAGCAACACCGCAAGGGUGCCAUGCACACGCACAUGGACGACAUCACCAAAGUCCUUCACGGCGCACACGUACAAGUACACGCACGCACAGAGGAUGACAUAGAACCCGCCAGCAUCAUGGAGAAAGUGUCCAAGGCAUCGGGGUCGUACUACACGGCUCAAACGAGUGGGGUGAAUCAGGCCUUUAGUGAGGUGAAGAAACCGAGUGCCGCUUCAAAGGCGUCCGCAAGGCCCACCCCACAGCCGAAGCCUGUGCCG